AUGGCGAGCUUUAAGCAGUUCACUAACACCAUGCUAUGUUUUUGUUCAGUAUUUGCAGCUCUGCACAUAAUUCAUGGAUUUGAAAACAUAGCUCUAAAUAAACCCACCUACCAAUCGAAUGAGUUUGAAUACCAUGGGGCUCCGGCAGGUACAUUCGACUCCAGUAAUGCUGUUGACGGUCUGAAAGGAGACCUUUCAGCGUUUGGAGGACAGUGUGUUAUUUCAAAAAAUGGGUUUAAUGAUUCAACUUGGUGGGUUAACUUGAAAUCCAUUUACAGCAUUCAUGAAAUACGAAUAUAUUACAGAACAGACAAUGCACCCUGGGGUCCGACGAAUGGCUACACUGCAAGGUUUUUGGGAUUUUAUGUUUAUGUUUCAAACACAACGAAAAUACUUGAUGGUCACUUGUGUUUUCAUGACACAAUAUACAACAAUGCUACCAUACCAGCUAUCGCCAACAUAACGUGUUCUGUAUACGGACAAUAUGUCAUAUACUAUAACCACAGACCACAGCCUUCAAGUUAUUCUGAUCAGUACUCUCCUUUUGCUCACAAUGAAUUGUGUGAAGUAGAAGUGUAUGGUACGUUUCUAUAA